AUGGAAAAUUCAUCAUCAAAAAAUCGAAAGAUUGUAAAACCUAGUAUGAACGUCUUUACUGUUGGAAUGGAUGAAAAAGCACCUGUCAAAACUCCAAUAGAUAUACCACCUUCACCACCACCAUCCUAUAGUGCUAAACAAAUAUCGCAAGAAAUGGGAUCACCUAUAAUAAUUAAAAAAAAAUCAAGCUUUAAAACACCUUUGAUCUGGCUUCUUGCUGUUUUUCUUAUAGCAUUUUUCACACUUACUCUUUCAGAGAUUGCAUACAAUAGACAAAGAGAUGAAAGAUUUUUUAAACUUAGAUGGGCUGAAUUAAAACAUAAAAUGGGUUUUGAUAAACAAAAUUACAAUAAUGAAGGAGCAAUUUUUAAUUCUUUAAGAAGAUCAAAUGAAUUUGGUGAAAGAAUUAUUCCAAUUAAUAAUUCUCCAUGGAGAAAUGACAGAGAUCUUAAAAUUGAACAAACUACAGCAACUGUAACCACAACAACAACAACAACAACUCUUACACCUACAACUGAAUCAAAGGAUGUUAAAUUAUCUGAUUCUGAUGAAUCAAGUAUUGAAUUAGGUAAUGAUCCAAGAUUACAAUUUUUAAAAAAUAUUUUACAAAAUAUUAAACAACAUGCUGAAGAUAUGGGAAUGGAAGGAACAAUGCAAGUUUCAGUUAUUCGUGUUGAUCCAGUUGAUGUUAAUAAAGAAAAAAAUAAUAAAUUUAGUUUAGAUCGUGAUUCAUUUGAAGAUAAUACAAUUAAUAAACCAAUUUUUGAACCACCACAAAUUUCAACAUUUUCUGAUGAUAAUAAACCAUUUUUCCAAACAUGGAAUCGUCCUCAACCACAAUAUAUGAAUCGUUUCCAAAGUUCUGAAGAAGAUGAUAAAUCAGGUGAAAUAAAUGCAUUUAAUGACUACCAAAGAAGACGUUUUGGUCAAAUUAUCCAAGAUAUUGUUGCUCGUAGAAUUCAGCAAGCUGCACUUUAUAAUGCCAUUGCCCGCCAACAACAAAUGGUAGCUCAAAUGGAUCAACAAAAUAAUUUUUAUAACAGACAAGGUUUUUAUGAAAAUAAUCAACAACCACCAUUUAUGGCAUUCCAACAACCAACAAUAUUUAUGGGACAACAACAACAACCACAACCACAACAACCUCAACCACAGUGGCAACAACCACAAUGGCAACCAAAUCAACAAACAUUUUUCCAACAACAAUUUCAACAACCAAUUCCAGAAGUACAAAAUUUACCAAAAAUUAGUGUAAACGAAGAUAUGUCUGACCAACAACCAUCAGAUGCUGUUUGGAAUAAACAAAUAACAGAAAUUAAAACUCCUGACUUGCCACAACAACAAGUAAUAAAAGUUUCUAAUGGUGAUAUUAAAAUUAAUAAAGGAGAAAAUAUUGUCGAUACUAUUAAACAACAACCAAAAGUUUCAAAUGAUAUGUUCCCAGUUAGAGUUGCUGUCGCAAAUGAUGAUCCAACAGAAACUAUUCAUAAUGAUAUUCCAAUGUUUCAAAGAGCUUUGUUUCAAGUAGAUGAACCAGUCCCACAAUUAGCUUCUGGAUCUGCUUAA